UUCGCUGUGAUAAGCGGGUGAGCUUCGCGAGGAAGGUCUACCACGAGUGUUGUGGAUUAAUGCGGGUGCAGUUCUCAAUACGCUAUCGAAAAGGGUGCAUUUAACGGAAUCCAUUUCUCCGCCAAUGCGGAAAGCUCGCUUGAAGAAGAUACUAUUGACCUUAGUAGCAGGUCUGUUCGUCGCAGUGUAUUUUAUACCUAGUAAUGGUUUUCCAACAGAAGAGUAUUUCGUCCUGCGUAAAGAGACACUGAACCUACUCGAUCACGGAGUGUUGUUGUCGCCCUCACACAACUCGUGUGCUAGCAGGCUAGACUUGCUUGUGUUGGUGCUCUCUGUCGUUGGAAGCAGGGACAAAAGACGAAGCAUUCGCGACACAUGGGGCCGGGUUAACCAACCAUGGCCUUUACUCAAUUCCCGACCUACUAUGAAGGUUGUAUUUCUUUUCGGGGUUGCUCCGACACCCGAGUACAACCUGGAGCUAAAAUCCGAGUCUAGACUACACAACGACAUCCUGCAGAUAAAUGCAACUGAAUCUUAUUUUGUACCAACGCUGAAGAUCCUAAUGGCUUUCAAAUGGAUGAAAGAAGGCUGUUCAAGUGUGAAGUAUGUACUGAAGACGGAUGACGAUGUGUUUGUGAAUUUGCCGUUGAUGAUGGAGCGAGUUAACAGCAUGAAAGGACGUUUUAUUCUCGGAGACAAGCUUUCACAUGCAUUGUCGCAACGAUCUGGAAAACACACCGUGUCACCCAAAGAGUACCCGUUUCAUUUCUAUCCGCCAUAUUUGAUUGGAUAUGCUUACAUCAUGACAGGUGAAGUGGCGUUGUCGAUGCUGAACGCCUUCUACCACAUGCCUUUCUUAAAAAUCGAGGAUGUGUACAUUGGGGGUAUAUUACCCAGAGCGACUAGAACUUCAGUGAUGCAAAUCCACCCUUCUUGGAUUGACAAUGGUCAAAAGGUAGACAUUUGUGAUUUUGUACAGAGGAAAUUGAUAGCUGGUGCUAAUAUUGAUAAUGAUGUUAUUCAUAAAAUUUGGCAAACUUUUAGAGAACCAUGGCGUUGUAGAAAAUGAUUUAUGUUUUCACCCCGUGUGUCUGGUCAUUGUCUUCAACCAUCCACUCGUUACACCGGCGGCCUGGAUACACUUCCGAUGAACAAAUAAACAAGGCAAAAUUAUACAGUAUGUUGUUUAACCGCAUGACAACACCAUAUACAAGGCAGUACCAGUGUUACUUGGAUGGAAUUUGAUUGCCUUGAGUAUUCUAACGCUAAAAUUAGAAAACGAUUCAAUAUAAUAUACGCUCAUUGUGUAAGGGGAAUCGAUUUUCACUACGACUAGUAAACGUCAUUAUGCUUGCCAUCACAUAGUGUUGAAAACUGCCGCCAUAGUCUCGGUCCGUAUUCUGUAUGUACGGUUAACGAAAUAUUUUGAAUAAACAUUUGUUGCAUUUA